UGAAAACACUUUCGGUCUUAUCUCUCUUUCUGAAAUAAUUUCUCCCUUAUUUGUAUUGGUUCAACAAAUUAAUCAUCAAAUAGAAAUAGAAUAAUUGGAAAUAUUCCAAAAUAAAAUAUUUAAAUUGUGACGGAGAACAAAAAAAAAUUAAGUAAAAAUGAAAGAAAGUGUGGUUUUUGAUCAAAUAAUGGAAAUGGUUGGAAAUGAUGGGAAAUUUCAAAUAAGAUUUAAUUUUUUGUUCAAUUUUUCCAUCUGUAUGUUCGUGUCAAUGGCUUUCAUGAACAUCAUGUUGGUGCUUAACGAACCAGAUCAUUGGUGUCACGUGCCUGGAAGGGAAAAUACGAAUUACAGCAUCGAAGAGUGGCGUGAUCGAGUGUUACCGCUCGAAGAAGAUAAUAAGGGGAUUUUGGCGUUCAGUCGAUGUAAAAUGUACAACAUAUCAGCAUCACAGUUACUUGAGUGGGAUUCAAAGCAGCAAAAUCUCAGUACGGAACACGAAAUCAGUUGUGUUAACGGAUACGAGUAUGACAAAACGUGGUAUGAAGAGACUGUUGUCUCGAAAGAGAAUUGGAUUUGCGAUAGAACGUUGUAUGUGACGAAUGCCUUAUCAUUCAAUCGCUUUGGAGAAGUUGUUGGCACUUUUAUUUUUGGUCAAAUGGGAGAUCGACUUGGGCGACGUCCCGUAUUCUUCGCUGGCAUAGCAAUUACAAUUUUAGGACGUAUCGCGUGUUUACUUACCUCCGGGAUUUAUUGGCUUUUCGCUCUUUCAUCAACUUUUGGAAUGUUAACGGCUUUAACGCUUUUCCAAUCGCCCAUGGUAAUUGCUAUGGAGAUCUGUAAAGGCGAGAGACGAGCUCAUAUCGCGAUGUUACAAUGUUGGGGAUGGACUAUGGGAAUGAUUUUAAUGCCUAUCAUUUUCUGGUUCGUACGUGAUUGGACUCCGUUUUUGAUUGUAACUACAUUACCUUUGCUCGUUGGAUAUUUGUUUCCCAAAUACAUGAUUGAAUCUCCGCGAUGGCUUGCGAACAAAGGAAUGUACAAACGAUGCGCUCAACAACUACAAAAGAUUGCCGACGUAAAUGGCGCGAAAGUUGAAAUCACGGAGAAACUCGUGAAGGAAAUGUUCAAAGAGCAUGAAGUUGAAACGGUUUUCGGCAUGGCGUCGCUUUUCACGAAUUGGAGAUUAGCUAAAAAUACCUCUUUAAUGGUUAUCAGUUGGGUUGUUCUCAUCAUGGUAUAUUACACUCUCGUACUGAACGCCUCCAAAAUGGAUGGAAAUCCAUUCCUGAAUUUCGCAUGGCAAAGCGCUAUUGAGUUACCCGCGUACUAUGUUGGUCAAAUUCUCGGCGAUCGCUUAGGACGUCGUUUCACACAAACAUUCUCAUUUUUCCUCGGCGCGCUUACGUGUAUUCCCAUUCUGUUCAUCGUGAAAAAUCCUGAACAUGCAUUUUGGACAUCUGUGCUUGCGGUGAUAGUAAAGUUCAACAUUUCCAUUACCUUUUUCGCCAUCAACUUGCAAGCGAUGGAAAUUUUUCCGACUUGCUUGCGACAAACGGGCUUUGCAAUUAUGACAGUUGUGGCAAAUACGAUGGGAUUGUUGGGACCGUACAUUGUGUAUUUGGGCACAAAUUUCGAUGUUCGUUACCCGUAUUUGAUCAUGGGCUUGAUGUGUUUAGCUGGAUCGAUUUCAGCAAUGUUCUUACCUGAAACAUUGGGUCAAAGAUUGCCCGAAACAAUGGCAGAAGCGAAAGAAUUUGGGCGAGGACAACCAUUCUGGGGCAUUCCAAAAGCUCAUGUUGAAGACGAUGACAGCGAAAUGAGCGAAAAAGUCACAGAAAAAGCUGAAAACGGAGAAAUUGAGAAACUGAAUCAAGCCAAAUUUGCCCCUUAGCACUCAGUAUUACAAAGUUGUCGUAGGUUAAGCCCAUUUUUUGCUAAUAAACUGUUAA